UUUUGAAACUGAUGAUGCUGAUUUAGCAAAAAGUGUAAUAACCGAACAAACUAAUGAAUUAACAAAUACUAGUAAAGAAACUGAACUUAACACAGUUUCACUUAAUUUACGAGAGGCUUCUUGGGUUUGGGAACAUUUUUCAAAAGAAUAUAACACUAAAAAUGAACUUAAAUCAUUUAUUUGUACUAUAUGCCGCCUUAAAUAUAAGCCAACCAAUACACCAAGAACUCUUGCUAAACAUUUAUAUAACAAAUAUAAUAAUCUGGUUGAAAUUCAACAAAGCUUAGUGAUUCUUUACAAUCAAGAAAAUGUGGCUGAAUUAAAACCUGAUUUGGAUGUAGAAACAAGGUGGAACAGUACCUAUAUGAUGCUAAAAAAUUUUCUUCAAAUGCGAGACAUAUUAGAUAUUUUUGUUGUUAAAAAUAGAGACCUUUCUUCUUUAUACUUACAAGAUGAUGACUGGCUAGUA